AUGGAUAACGAGAUUAAAUAUUUAAGUAGUAGUCUGGUGGAUGUUGAUGAUAUAGGUAUCGAUGUUUACAUUCAACAACAACAACAACUACAGAAUGAACAACAAGACAAUAAUAAGACAUCAGAUGACAAGUCACAGAUUGAUCCACAAAAGAUAGUUGAUACAUUCAUCAAGACAUUGGUCGACGUGUUCAAGGACUGCAUCGAGAGAAUUGAUAAUGGCACUGCAAAGGACGCCAUCGACCUCUUCCAGCCAUACAUCGAUCAGCAGCAGUUCACCAUGCUGCGCGAUAUGUCUACAAAGAUCUGUGGCGACGCUGCCGCCCAGCUCGACGGCAACGAGAUGCAGAUUGCCGCGCUCGACUCUUACUUGCGUCCAGUUGGCGCUGCCGCUCGCUUCACACCAUUGCGCGCCGCCAACAAGACCAAGCAGGGCGCACCCACCAACGCCGUCUCUGGCAACAAGGCCGCCUCGUAUCAAUCGAGCUCGCCACAGGCUGGCGCCAUGGGUGGUGCCGCACCCGCGCGUCGCAGUCGCGAGACCAAGGAGGGCUUCCCCCUGAACUGGGGCUCAAUCAUUGCGAUGGCCGCCAACAUCAACCUCGAUCAGAUCAAGUCCAUGAUGAACGUGCUCAUCAUGAUCCUCACGCACACGCCCAUCCCCGUCAUACUGCGUGAGCUCCAUCGCUUCCGCAUGAUCACCUCUGUCUUCUUCGACCUGGUCUAUGCCAUCUACCGUGGAGACAUCCCGGUCUCUGUCACCAAAUACAUUCACAGCUUUGGCAACAAGAAGAGGUUCGGAUUCCUUAGAUUGACAACACUGAUCCUCUACCUGUCAUACCUCUACAAAAUAAUCAAUCCACCUCCAAUGACUCCAUCGGACCUUAUCCAAUUCUGUAAAGCAUACCUGGCCUCCAAGUUAUAA